AUGACCACCCCAGCCAACAUUCCCAAAAAUCCACGCAGUCCUCCCCCCGGAGCGAAUCAAACCCCGACUGAAAACCCCCACCCUUCAUUGAAACGCCCUCACGUCUCUACGUUCGGUCCUCCUACCCUCGAACUCCCGGCUAGCAAGUACCUCAAACGUUCACCCGGCACUCGAUUCCUCGAGCUCGGCGAUGAGAUCGUAACAGAACAACCCCGCGGUGGGCAUGAUGUGCAAGAGGAGGUCUUGAACGCAGACUUCCCCAAUCCUGCCGGGGAAGGGUUUUCGCCGGCAGAUCCGAUAUCCCUCCUCGAGGCGGCUACAACCGUCUUGAGUCGAGGAGCCAACAUGCCGCUCCCAAGAACAUCGGGGUCGGGGUCGGGGUCGGAAAGAGGACAUGUCGGGAGCGCAAUUCCCAUCAGGACCUCGCCUCGUCUGAAUCGCAGGGGCAGCGACCACGAUGAUGAUGAUGCCAACACUCGGACACCGUCAGGCACGCAACUUUUCCAGUCUGUGGCACUCGCCGAAUACCUACAAACUGACGAGCGACCGACGUUCGUGGUAGACACAAGUGACGAGACGAAUAGUCGAUCUGGUGGCGUCAACUUGAUUUUCGCCAACAGCGCCUUGAGGUCGCGCCAGGCACUUUUUGACCUUGUGCAAGGGAGGUCGGAAGAUUCUACUCUGCUUCUUGACCUCGGAACGUCCUUCAGUGAUUUCAAAGCGUGGAUCCUCAACCCACUGGCAGAGCCUGAUAUUGUUUCGACCUUCCCAUUUGCUGGGUUGCUGUGGCAAAGUGCGAUCGUUCGGAGUCGACUGAAGGUGAUACAUGGACGACAGCAUCCAUUCACUUCUCCCGCUGUCGGCGAUCUUCAAGGUCGCACGUCUCUGCAACGAUACAAAGGCCUAGGUUCACUCUCCUCGUCUUCGAUGCCUGGUCGAGUUGAUACUCCAUCAUCCAGUUAUUUCGAUCUCCCCCCAAGAUCAAACACACAUGCUGCUCGAACGAUGCAAAAUUUGGUGACUAACUCCUUGUCGGACCCAUCCCCAGGGAGUUUGGAGCCGACCUCACCAGUUGCAUGCGGAGAUCUGACAUACGCCGAGCUGAUCUCAGGUGCAAAGUCGCCUCCCCCAGAGCAGAAGGUCAUAUCUUCCAGCAUCAUUGUUGACACCGACAUUAAUAUGGCCGGCGCGGAGGGGCAAAAAGGCUACUUUGAUUGGACGCGGCUACCUUUGUCGCCGUCUUUGCCAGCCCAUGUACAGUUCGCUCGAGGCAUCGAUUGGGCAUCGACCAGCCUCGGGCCGAUUGAGAACUGGGCAGCAGAUCUCCGGGGAAUGUGCAACCUGAUCAUGGCCAGUCCUCAUCCAUCAGCCAUGUAUUGGGGCAAGGAUCAUGUAGCGAUCUACAAUGAGGCCUAUGUUCUUCUGGCUGGCCAAAAGCACCCAAAGUUAAUGGGAAGUCGUUACUGCGAUGUGUGGGCCGAGAUCUGGGAUGCCCUUGAGGGCGUGUUUGAGAAUGCCUUCAGGAGCGCGCAAGCUACUAUGAAGGAUGAUGAUUGCCUCUUCAUCUUCCGCAACGGCUUCUUGGAAGAAACUUAUUUUUCAUGGUCCAUCAUCCCCUUAAUCGGGGCCGACGGCUCCGUGGUUGGGCUGUACAAUCCCGCCUUUGAAAAGACACGCCGCAAGAUUGCAGAGAGACGGAUGUUGACGCUUCGUGAAAUCGGCGAACGCACUGCUGCUGCCCGCAAAGUCUCGGACUUCUGGGGUUUACUUCUAGAAGGGCUUGAGUACAACGAAUAUGACGCACCUAUGGUUCUGAUCUAUUCUCUGAGUGAGGACCUAGCAGACAAUGAGGCUGCCUCAUCCGGAUCGAGUGGAGCAGCUUCGAACAAAAUCUGCUAUCUUGAAGGCAGUUUGGGUGUUCCCCCUGAUCACAAGGCUGGACCUUCUACAAUAGACAUGAAAACAAGCACCGAUGGCUUCGUCUCGUCGUUCCGGCAGGCAUUGACCACCGAUAGACCGAUCGUCCUCCGGCUGGAAGAUGGCUCACUUCAAGGGGAUCUGCUCGAAGGAAUUGAAUGGAGAGGCUUCGGAGACCCUUCUCGUGUUGUUGUGAUUGCUCCGAUCCAUCCCACUACCGGAGAAUCUACCUUGGGGUUUUUGGUCAUGGGCACGAACCCCAGGAGACCAUAUGAUGAAGACUACGACUUGUUUGUCCAGCUGCUCGGUCGGCAACUCGCCACGUCGAUUGCAUCUGUGGUAUUGUUCGAAGAAGAGAUCAAGAAGGGCGAGCGAGCCGCUCAGUUAGCUGCGCAGGACCGGAUCGAGCUUAAUAAUCAACUCGUGGCAAGGACCCAGCAGGCGGUUGAGGCUGAGAACAAGUUCACCAGAAUGGGCGAAUUAGCCCCUGUGGGAAUCUUCAUCGGCGAUGUCGAUGGCAAGAUCAGCUUCGUCAAUGAUGCGUGGUACAACAUCACCACCUAUCCACGGGGGAUUGAGGUCGAUGAGGAGUGGAUCAAAUAUGUCGAUGAAGAGGAUCAACCUAAAGUCCGGAACAUGUGGACGACUAUGCUCGAGAAGAAAUGCGCGGUGUCGAUGGAAUUCCGCUUCAAGACACCAUGGCGCGACAAACUCGGAAAUACGGGGCCAACUUGGGUUCUGACCAGUGCUUCACCGGAACGGGACGAGGAUGGACGGCUCAAACGAAUUUUUGGAUCCAUGACUGAUAUCAGCGCACAGAAGUUCGCGGAAAUCCUCCAGACUCGUCGAAUGGAAGAGGCCGUCCAACUGAAGCGACAGCAGGAACGCUAUAUUGAUACGACGUCUCACGAGAUGCGGAACCCCCUCUCAGCCAUCUUGCAGUGCGCCGACUCGAUCACCGCCUCUCUCGUAGAGAUGCGCGAAGAAGACCACCUAAGCAAAACUCAGCAGGAAGCCCUCGAUCUUUGCAUCGACUCUGCGCAGACGAUCACACUGUGUGCCCAGCAUCAGAAGAGAAUUGUCGAUGAUGUGUUGACUCUCUCCAAACUCGAUUCGGCAAUGAUGGCGGUGGCGCCUGUCGACACACAACCUAUAACGGUCAUGCGCAAGGUGCUUAAAAUGUUUGAAGCAGAAUUGAAAACGGCCGACAUUAGAAUGGAGGUGAACAUUGAGCCUUCUUUCAGAACCAUGAGCAUCGACUGGGUCCGGCUGGAUCCACACCGGCUUUCCCAAGUCUUGAUCAACCUAAUGACCAACGCCAUCAAGUUCACGACCAUGCGAGAGAGCCGGGUGAUUCGAAUGCAUGUCGCUGCCUCAGGGGACAAGCCCUCUUCGGAGGACAAGUGGAGGUUGACUUAUAUACCAUCACGGACAACGAAAGAGAAGGAUGUCACUGCGGGGGCGGAAUGGGGAUUGGGAGAACCCGUGUACAUCCAUUUCGCCGUGCAAGAUACCGGCCAGGGCCUGACCGACUUGGAGAAGAAGCAGCUCUUCCAAAGAUUCUCCCAAGCUAGCCCGCGCACUCAUGUUACCUAUGGGGGCUCCGGCCUCGGGCUCUUCAUCUCUAGAGAACUUGUUGAGCUUCAGGGUGGCGAGAUAGGCGUCGCGUCGGAAAGCGGGAAGGGCAGCAUAUUUGCAUUCUACGUCAAAGCUCGACGAUCGGUUGGAGAACCAGAGGACGCCCAAGCAGCAGCAGGAUCACGGGUCUUGAAUGGUUCAAAGCCCCCUGGGGCAACACGAUCCAUCUCCCAGAAUUUCGUGCCCUUGCCGAGUCCAUCAUCUGGGUCGUUUGAUGUCGCACCGGUCACCAAAGUCACGCUGCCGAAAACCAUCCAUAUCCUGGUUGUAGAAGACAAUCUCAUCAAUCAAAAGGUGCUGGCGACGCAACUACGGAAGGUAGGUUGCGUGGUUCACGUUGCCAAUCAUGGCGGAGAAGCCAUUGAACAAAUUUGUCAUUCGAGAUUCCAUCGCGACCACAUUGACGACGGCAUUGAGAUUGAUGUUGUGCUCAUGGACCUUGAAAUGCCCGUCAUGGACGGCCAGACUUGCGCCAGGCAGCUCCGAGACAUGCAAAGUUCGGGGGAGCUGAUCCGCCACAUCCCUGUGAUAGCGGUCACGGCGAAUGCCCGGGCAGAGCAGAUCGAGAUGACCUUGAAGAGCGGCAUUGAUGAUGUGGUCAGCAAACCCUUCCGGAUACUGGAGCUAAUUCCCAAGGUGCAAGACGUGAUGGACAGAUUUCCCAAGGGAGAAGCUCAGGGUGGAUGA